ACUGGAAGAGUCGUAGAGGUCGAUGAAGCAACGAAAGCUCAUCGUGCUGCUCUCCGGGAGAAAGGCAAGAAGUCGUCUAUAUAUGCUAAUCGUACGGUUAUGGAUCCUGCCCCAAGCACUCCCGCAGAGUCUAAGCAUUCUGUACUCCCACCUUCGCCCCUCACACCACUCACACCUGCUGUCGCGCCAUCGCGCCGCAAGCGAGUGAAAAAGAUGGUAAUAGACUCCGAAUCAGAAGCCAACCCCACUGACAGUGAAGAGGAGUCGGGGAGUCUCCCAAAGCGAGCUAAGGAGACGUCUCACGAAUCCAGAGUACUGGAGUACUUCAAUAAUGCUAGCCCCGGAGCUUUGCAAGAGCUCACCGGCUGCACAUCCGAACAGGCUGGUGCGAUCAUUGGACUGAGACCCUUCCGUUCAGUGGACGACCUGAAGACCAAGCUAGCUCAAGGAAAGAAGAAAGCCGGACCAGCUGGCAUAAGCCCUAGGUUGUUCGAAGAUUGCAAGACAACAUUCGAAGGUUAUGGUGCUGUGGACGAUAUCUUAGAGGACUGUGAGCGAAUUGGUGCUAACCUCCGCACGGCCAUUGCGACUUGGACUACGAGUGGAAGUACAGGGAAGGGCAAAGAUAAAGCUGACCCCACUAAGAUUGCUUCUCCUGUCGAAGAGGCGGAUGACGGUGCCCUUAGUCUACGAUCGUUACGCCCAGUGAAAGUUUCCGCCCAGAAAGAUUUUCUGGUCACUCAGCCAUCGUUACUCGCUGAUGGUGUGACGCUCAAGGAAUAUCAGCUAUUGGGAGUUAAUUGGUUAUACCUUCUCUAUCGUAAACAACUUAGUUGCAUCCUAGCUGAUGAGAUGGGCAUGUUCAUCCGGUUUUUGUUUAUAAGACUCGGCAAGACGAUUCAAGUGAUCAGUUUCCUGGCGUAUCUGAAGGAGCGUGGUGCUGUGGGGCCCCACCUCAUUAUCGUACCUUCUUCUACUCUGGAGAAUUGGUGUCGAGAGUUUGCACGAUUUGCCCCAUCAAUAUCGGUGCAGACCUAUUAUGCGGGCAAAGAGGAUAGACCUAUGCUACGUCAGACGCUACUAGACACCCAACGAAGCAGUAACAAGAACGGAAGUGGAUGGGAAGUCCUUAUCACGACUUAUAAUCUUGCCCAGGGGGACGACCGUGAUCGGAAAUUCUUCCGAAAAGUACAAUGGGAUAGUUGUAUAUUUGACGAGGGUCACGUCCUUAAAAACUUUCAGUCUCAGCGCUAUCAAGCUCUUCUGAAAUUUGAGUCGAGAUGGCGUUUAUUGUUGACUGGAACUCCCUUACAAAACAAUCUUCAAGAGUUGGUGUCAUUGAUGAACUUCAUUCUUCCUUCCCAUUUUGCCGAUGCACUGGACUCUUUGCGUGCGAUCUUCAAAGUCAAGGGUGACUCCAAAGUCACUCUGCUAUCACAAGCACGUAUAUCCAGAGCAAAAAAGAUGAUGACUCCAUUUGUCCUGCGGCGUCGGAAAGACCAGGUCCUGCAAGAUCUUCCGUCAAAAACUGAACGCAUUGAAUGGUGCGAUAUGACUGUUCUGCAAAAAUCCAUCUACAACGAUGCUCUUCAACGGUCUCGCAAGACUAUCUUUGACAAAGCCAAGAGUAAUCCACGGCCCAAAGACAAGAUGUAUCUCGAGAAUAGCUCAAACGUCCUAAUGGACCUGCGAAAGGCAGCAUCUCACCCUAUGCUUUUCAGGACACGCUUCACAGAUCAAAUUUUGACUGCCAUGAGUAAGCAUUUGCUGAAGGAGGCAGAUUUUAAGAGACGAGGUGCCAUUUUUGAAUACGUCAAGGAAGAUAUGGAAGUCAUGACAGAUGCUGAGUUGCAACUCUUCGCCGCAGGCUACAAGUCUACCCGGAAAUAUCUGCAAGACGAGAAAUGCUACCUUGAAGCUGGCAAGAUCACCGUACUUUUGAAGUUGCUCGAAGAGUAUGACUCGGCAGGUCGGAAGGUUCUCAUUUUCUCUCAAUUCACACAAAUCCUAGACAUACUCCAAGCAAUCCUAAAACAGCAGAAAGUCAAGUACCUUAUAUUGACGGGUUCGACUGCGGUGGAUGUGCGCCAGUCACUCGUCGAUGAGUUUACCGAAGACGAAUCAAUAUCUGUGUUCCUAUUGUCUACGAAAGCUGGUGGCAUGGGUAUCAACCUAACUGCGGCUAGCGUGGUCAUCAUGUUUGACCAGGACUUUAACCCUCACAAUGAUCGACAGGCCCAGGAUCGGGCGUAUCGUAUCGGCCAGAAGCGGGACGUUGAUGUUGUAAAGUUGAUCACCCGAGGAACGAUCGAGGAAGAUAUGCUGAAACUGGGAGAAACUAAACUUGCAUUGGAUGAAGCUGUGGCCGGCGACAGCGACGAAACAGAACAAAAGGGAGAAAGUGCACAGGAGAAGGAGAUUAAAACAUCGCUGAUGAACGUUCUAAGGAAACAGCUCGAACAACAGCAGGAUGGGACUCCCGUAGGUGAUGGAGCUCGAAAAACAUCGGAUCCAAGUUGACAUCUAUAUCACAAUAAUAAUGGGACGGGAAUUGGCUGUUAAUCGCUCUUUAACUUAUAGAAAUUCGCAUUGGUUUUCGUGAUUUACCAGCCACUACAUAUUGAUGAAUGUUGACUUUAAAUUAUGUAAAGUGAUCAAGAAAACACUGACAGGCCUCGUACUAGGCGGUCUACACUGGCACGGAAGUAAUCGUUAUCUACACCAUGUUCACGAGAAUCCAUGGUGGCAAGAGGGUUGCGGACAACAUAUUCUAAGAAUGGACCCGUAUAAAUUUGACGCAAGAUGAAACGAAGGGAAUCUGUGUUAGGAUCGCUGAGCAUAACAAAUUUAUAGCCAGACACCGUCUCAUAUAGGUGAAGUUUAUACGUGGAGGUGCGAUAAUUGACAAAUGAUUCGUCCCUGCUUUCUGUAUGAGCUCGAGAUAGAAAAAUCGAUGAAUAAGAUAUCACCUUCCAGAUAGUUUCCUGAUCAUGUUUCGCAAUGACAGAAUUACACCGUAAACCAACUUAGCUUCCUCAUCAAAAGAUAAGCUCGCCGUGUUAGAAUUUUCUGUUGAAUUUAACGGUGUUCCAGAUGCUUCAUCGCUAACAGCAACCACAACUCCAGAAUUGGAGGAGAGUGUAUUCCGAGGACUACUGAAUGCUGAUGGAUUUAUGAAGUUGGAAUUGGAUGGUUGUGGUGAGACUGCACGGGAGACAGAAUCAAGAAUCCCUCCUUCUACU